AUGCACGGGAGAGACGAAGAUUCACCCGGCACGGAAGAAUCGGGAUAUGGAUACUAUCCUUCUUCCCAGCCAUCUCAGCUGUGGGGAUCGAGUCCCAGUCCCCCUCCAUUCCAGGCGUGGUCACCGACAUCCCCGCCAUGGCAACAAAGCCAAUAUCGGGCUCAAUCUUCUCAUCAGAGGAAUUUGGGUCGUUCGGCGUUUGGGGAUUAUCGACCCACUAUGGACUCGCCCAACCAUCCGAGGCCGGAUACCCCUUCUCACUCUUUCCAGCGCACCCAGACUCCUUUGUCUGAUUUCGAUAGGUUCACAAUAGAGCAGAUGAUGGGGAUGAUGAGUCCGGGCCUUCCGGAGACCCCGCCGACGAGAUCUGGCGGCGGCGGCGGUGGUGGGAGAGGCGGCGGCAACGGUGGUGGUGGGAGGGGCGGCGGCAACGGUGGUGGUGGGAGGGGCGGCGACAACGGGGGCGACGGGGGCAGGGGCGGCGGCGCCGGGGGAGUGGGCGACGAAGAUGAGGCCGAUGUUUCCGACUCCGCCACCGAGUAG